AUGUCCCCCACGAUCCUCACAGGCGACAACUAUGGUGUUCAGGUAGCCAACAAUUAUGGUGUCACCGAAGCUCAUUUCCAUGCGGAACGAGACGAUCAAAGGGAAUGCUUUCGGUCCUUGCGCCAGACCGAUCCCCGCAGCGACAAGAAACGCAUCGAGGAAACGAGAGGCGGCCUAUACUCAGCCUCUUGUGCCUGGAUUCUGGAGCAAUCAGAUUUUGUUCGCUGGCGCCAUGAUGCCGAGAGACGCAUGCUAUGGAUUAAGGGCGAUCCCGGCAAGGGCAAGACCAAGCUCCUAUGUUCCGUCAUCGACGAGCAGGAAAAGGAUGCUGAGAAGGGGCAGCGGCCGUGUAACUUCUUCUGCCAAGCGACGGAUGCGCGGCUCAGCACUGCCACGAGUGUGUUGCGCGGUCUGUUGUAUCUGCUUGCCGAGCAAGACCCAUCGCUCCUUGACAAGUACAUUCUGGAGAGAUACAAACGAGCAGGAAGUAUAUUAUUCACGGAGAAGAACGCCUGGACGACGCUGUCUACCCUCUUUACCGAAAUGAUGAGCGAUUCAAGGUUGGACGGCAAGGUAUUCAUCAUUGACGGGCUUGACGAGUGUGAGGUUGAUCGAGCAACGCUGCUGAGAUUCAUCGUCAACGCUGCCAGGUGGACUCGCACCAAGUGGCUCAUAUCCAGCCGGAACCGCAGUAAUAUCGAGAGUGAGUUAGGGAAGAUUGGCCCAGAAGUAGGGCUUAGCCUAGAGCUCACCGAAAAUGCCGAGCGGAUAGCUGAUGCUAACAAUGAGGCACUCCUCAUACUUAUCCGAGAUACUGUCCGGCGAAGGGCCCAAGGCGCUUUCCUAAGAGCAGCUCUCGUUAUUGAAGAGCUUCAAGAUGCCCAACCAUGGGAUGUGGAGGAGAUACUGGACAACAGGCCAAAGAAGCUCUAUGACCGCAUGUUUGAGCAGAUUCAAGGUUUGCCAAAGGGCAAUCCAGAGAACUGCCGAAAGGUUCUAGCGAGCCUUCUUGUAGCCUAUCAGCCUCUUCAGCUGGCAGAGCUGCGAGUCUUCUCUAGCCUCCCUCCAAAGGUCCUUGCCGAAGACUAUAUUCGAAGACUGGUGGGACAAUGCGCAUCGUCCCUCACGAUCCGCGACCAUAUUAUUUACUUUGUUCACCAGUCAGCCAAAGAGUUCUUGCUCGGCAAAAAACCCUACAUGAAGGACCGCCAUCACAGCACCAGUUUCUCUUCUCGAGUUCAGUGGACAUACUCUGCAAGGCGCUUCGACGCGACAUCUACGGCCUCAGACACCCAGGUAUAUCUGUUGAAGCCGUCUAUCCUCCCCAGCCUGACCCAUUGGCUCAUGCGCGGUAUUCCUGCGAGUUCAGGGGGGACCACUUAG